UUUGCUAUCUCUUGAGGAUAAGUUAUGGCAGAUACAGAAAUAAGAGAGGAGCAUAAGAAAUGGAUGACUGAGGCACUUGAUUAUGCAGUGUCUGCCCGGGAUCGAGGAGAGGUGCCCGUGGGCUGUCUGCUUGUUUAUAGGGAUGAGGUCAUCGCCACUGGCAACAACAGGGUCAACGAGACCAGGAACGCCACCAGGCAUGCGGAGAUGAUUGCUGUAGAGGAUGCUAUUCGGUGGUGUGAGGAAAUAGGUGCCCGGUCCGUCGACGUCUUUGCCGAAACCACGCUGUACGUGACCGUGGAGCCGUGCGUCAUGUGCGCCGGUGCCCUGCGUGCAGUCGGUGUCCCAUUGGUCGUGUACGGAUGCGCCAAUGAGCGAUUUGGAGGCUGCGGCUCCGUCCUGAACAUUCACUCAGAUGAAAUCCCCUCACUGGGGAAGACCUUGAGAUGCCUGCCGGGAGUCUCCAAGGACAGAGCCGUGCAACUCUUGAGAGAAUUCUACAAAGGUCAGAACCCAAAUGCACCAGUUCCAAAAAUCAAGCCACAGCAGAAACACCAGGACAGAGAGAAGUCACACCAACACCUGGAGGUGGAGACUAAUACUACAGGGGCAGUAGCAGACUCAAGUUGAAACAGGCUUUUCCAAAGUUUGGUAUUUCCUAUGGUUUCAGCAUCGGGCUUUGUUCUCAUUUUAUAGUCCAUGAGUGUCACAAGUAGUGGGCAAGGGGAGCCCCCUCCCCUUAAAAAAAAUCCUGGCAGUGCCCGUGGCACAGUUUCCCGAGGUGAGAGUGCGUAGCUCGAUCCAGCUUUUAUUUUCUGCUGCAGACACAAACGUGACUCAUUUUAAAUUAAGCCACAACUCGGAGUACUUUUGUUCAAUUUUUGUCCCAAGUUUGGAGUGUUUUUGUUUGAUUCCAACAGGAAACAUUUGAAAAUGAAUCAGGUCCCACAAAUAAAAGUGAAAUCUUAAAUAGGAAAGAGAUUUAAAAAGUGUAACAUGUAUGCACUGAGCAUCCUCUCUCAAUACUCUUGUAGGAUGAAUAAAUAAAUCUUUCAAUUCUUGACAUUUUGUA